AUGGCUGGAGGAGCAAUCAAACCACACAGGUUUUACUUCCAACCAGCCGAGUAUGGGAAGCCAUGUAAGCUCUCCUCAAGGUGUCAUCAACAUCGUUUCAUCAAGUUGAUUAAACAUUUUGAUGCAUCUGAGAAGAAGUGGUUUCACGGGCACCCACAGUUCAAGCAUCUUUUCCAUAUGGAUUGCUCCCCAACAAAAAAGGUCAUGGGAUUAUGGAUGUUGUUGCUUCGCACCAUAAAAGUCGACAAGAAGAGACAGGCUUGGUUUGGGGUAAACGGGGUUCCCAUUCGUUACUCCAUCAGAGAACAUGGCCUCCUAUCAGGACUAUACUGCCACACAUAUCCAGAGAACUAUGAGAGCAUUGGGAGUCUGAGGUUUGCAAAGAAGUACUUUCAGAAAAAACCAAAGAAUAAGGGUGAGGAUCCUCCUGAACUAAGAGUGACACCGGCUGAUGUCCUAAAUAAGCUAAAGAAGAUGACAUAUGAUGGUAGUCAUGAUCGGUUGAAGAAGGCAGUACUUUACUUCUUGGCCACAGUCAUUAGAGGAAGAUCAAGACAUGGAACCCCUAUAGAGCCUUUUCUUCUCCAAAUGGUUAAUGAUCUUCGUGUGUGCCACACGUUUCCUUGGGGCCGUUUCACCUUCGACGACUCCAUAAAGGAGAUAAUGCAUAUGGUGAAGCAUUUUCGAGGAAAGAUCCCAUCAAAAGCUGCUUGGACAUUUCCUGGGUUUAUCAACCCACUAGAGAUAUUGGCGUUUGAAAGUAUACAAGUGUUGAAGGAAAAUUUUAGAGAAAAUGUUGAAGAAUUUGAUGAUAGCUGUCCAUGA